AUGCUGUUCGGGACUCGGAUGACCGAUGCUGACGACGGGCCGGGAGCUGGAGCAUCGUCUUCCAGGUCUGAGAUACCGGCAGAGCCGGAGGCCGAGCUGGAGGCCGAGCCGGAGGACCUCACCGCCGCCGUGCUGCUCAAUGACCGUCGUCUGCGCGAGGCGCUGGAGAGCCUUCCUCGAGACAUGAGCGCUCGAGAUAAGCACGCCGUGCUCAGCAAACAACCAGAAUGGGAACAGCUCAGCCUGAGCGCGACGAGAAGGGCCUGCUCCAAGAUCGCCAAGCAGGCUGGCAAAUCGCCUGUCGAAGAACUUACUCCCGUGAGCCCGGCUCUGCCGCGUGCGCACCCGUUGCCCGGAUCCAAACAGACAGCUGCUGAGGCGGCUGCAACCAAGCAAGCACGUCUGUUAAUCCAGGCAGCCUUUCAGGGCAACGCGUAUACGGCUACGAGGAUGAUCAACCGUCGGGUCGAUGUCAAUUGCCUUUGCGAUUGGGCGAAUGGCACGAGCCUUGGCGGCGGCAAGAUUCCUGACUCCGAGGACGUUGAGUUGACGUGGAGAGAGCUCUCAAAAUUUACCUAUACGCCGCUCAUGGCCGCCGCAACAGCAGGCCAUACUGACUUGGUCAAACUCUUGCUGGCACGCAAGGCUGAUCCCGAUCUGACCGACCCGGCGACAAACACCCUUCAGCAACCUGGCACCGCGCUUCUAGGGGCAUGCGCGCGCGGUAAUGAAGAAUGUGUCAGAUUAUUGCUGCAUGCGGGCGCCUCGCCAGAACUGCCGCGCUCUAACACUGGCACGACGCCCCUCAUGGAGGUCAUCAGUGGAGCAAUGGUCCAGAAACAUAAAGGAGCUUCAUAUCUCGUAUGCGUGGACAUGCUAAUAGCAGCGGGCGUCGACAUCAACCGGCGCGAUAAUCAUGGUCAGACUGCCGUGCACCGAGCUAGCGGCGGUGGGGUCAACGUCGCUGGGCACCCAGAGAUCUUAGCAAGGCUGAUCGCAGCUGGCGGCAACGCGCACGCCAGAGAUUUUGAUGGCCAAAGCCCUGCUCGAACUGCCAAAGCUAGAGCAAAAGCCGCAGUGAAAAACCCCACACCUGCCGUUGGCGAGCCUGUUGACGAGGCUGCCUCUAAGCUUCUCGAUUGUAUAGGCUUGCUGCGUGCUGUACCAAACGCGUGUGCGUUUUGUGGCGCCUCCGACAAUCUUAAGCUUUGCGCAGCUUGCAACCAAGCACGGUACUGCUGUGUCGAGCAUCAGGCUGCCCACUGGCCAGCACACAAGCAAGAGUGCAAGAGUGCCCGUGCCGCUCUCCGAAAGUACAAGAAGGACGGCCUCGGUCCCUUGCGCGCAGAUGCCUCGUGA